AUGAACUACUCCAGCAAAUCUUCCACACCUGCAGGUCACUCACCCGACCAGCUCAUCAGCGAUGACGUCAGACACUACUUCGAGAUCGCCUUCUUCGUGAGCAUCAACGGCAUCCUCAGCGUUUUGGGCUCUGUGGCUAAUGUCAUUAAUGUCAUCGUCUACCUGCGACAGCAUCUGACGUCACCUUUGCUGGAGAGGAGCUUCAUUUCAUCGUGGCAGAUAACUGUUCCCCACGGACUGUGUGUUAGGAUUGCCUGGUGGAUCACCACAUUCAUCACGUUUGAGAGGUGCCUCAGCAUCGCUCUGCCCUUACAGAUCAAACAAAUUAUGACUCCUGCCCUCACUGCCUGCGUCAUGGCCGGCAUAACCCUGGUCAUUGCAGCCGGCAUGACUCCGCUGUUCGCCAGCUACACGCUCAGCUCAAAGUACUUCUCCAGCAGAAACCGGACUUUGACCGGACUUGUUUACGUGCCUACCGGGCCUUACCUUGAGCAGGUGGGCUCGUACUUUAACGUGGUCACCGAGUUCAGCUCCGUCAUUCUCGACAUCAUCUUCACCCUCAUCAUCGUCAGGACGCUACAGACCAACUCAAAAUGGCGUCGGGGGAUGGUCGGGUCGGACAAGGAACCCGCCGGCCUGAGGGGACGGGACAAGAAGGUCAUCAAGAUGGUGGUCCUCAUCUCGUGUAUCUUCAUCGCCUGCACGCUGCCCAGCUGCGUCAACUUUAUCGUCGGCGUCGUCGUGGCGGACGUCUACAACCUGGUGGGCGCUCAGCGGAACAGCUAUUACGUCAUCUGGUCGGUUAUCCUGACGCUAGAGGCCGUCAACAGCAGCGUCAACAUUUUCGUGUACUACGUCAUGAGUCAGCGCUACAGGGAGACAUUCAACCAACUGUUUGGACGGAGGGUCAACUAA